AUGAAGGAAAGUACAAAUAAGGAAGACAAAGUAAUAGAAACAUUAGAAGGCGAAGAGCUAACAGAGGGGAAUAUUAUUGUUCCAGAAGCAGGAUUAUCGGUCACAUACCUAAGAGAACCUAGCUGUACGAAAGCCAGUUACAACGUACAGUACAAUCUUGUCAAUUGUAGCACUAGCCUGAAUAAUUUCAACGAAAAUGGAAAAAAAAGUAAAAGAAAUAAAAAUGUUACAGCGUCGGAAGAAGCAUCAAAUAAAUUAAUCGAAUUGGAGAAAGAAAAAGUCGGCCUAGACAAAUCAUUUCCAACUUCAUCGUCGACUCCAGAUUUGAGUUCAGAACCACCUGAUUUAGAGUCUUCGUCAAUAGAAUCUUCAAAAAUAUCUCAACAAAUUUUAUUUUUCCAGUCAAUAGAAGCACAACCGUCAACAUCUCAAGAUGAAUCUUAUUUACUGCCUGUACCUACAGAAUCUUCCACAACAUCUCUGCCGACUCCAAUUUCUGACUCAAUAGGUCUACAAUCUUCAAUUCUUAAAGAUUUUUCUGGUGUUUUUGAACCGGAUGUUAGUGAUAAUAAUAUUGUAACUCAGGACGUAAAUACUUCGACUGAUAAUAUUGCUGGUAAUAAUGAUAACGAGGUUGUUUGUAUAUUUUGUGAAAGGAAAAAGAAAAAAGUGAGAUCAAGAAUAGUUCCGCUUCAUGCAGCAUAUGUCCAUCAAUUUAAAGCUAGUAUUAAACCCAAUAUAGAAAAUUAUGAACAGUAUAAAGAUUUUCUAAAUAAAUUGGAUAAUUUUUCUGUCCAAAUUCAAAGAACAGCAUGUCUCAACAUAACAGGAGCCAUGAAAACAAUACCAACCAGAGCCAUGGAAGUAAUUUUUAGUCUCAUUUCCCUGGAUAGUUACAUCAAGGAGGUUGCUCUGACGACAAUGACACGCCUCCGCACGGUUAAAAUAGAACCUGAUGUAGGAUCUGGUAAGCCGAGACGUGGCUUUUGGCAGGAGGUGCUCGAUACGCUCCCACUGCUUCAAACGAACAUGGACUCCAUCUCACCGAUAUAUAUCUUCCAUAAGCCAUAUAAAGUUGUAAAAGAACAAAUAGAAGAGCUGGAAGUGGCAGUACUAGAAUGUCACGAAGUUUUGGUUGAAAUAUCUAUCAACAACGUGGUCACCUUAAGAUGGAUCAAAGGUUAUGCCACAUCGAAAGGUAACCGUCUCGCUGAUUCACUGGCCAAUACUUUUUGGACCUCGGCCUUCUAUUGGUAUGACAAAAUCGGUAGUGACAGACCUAAUUAA